CGGAGCGCGGCAGCCGCCAGACGCCGCGCGGGUCCCAGCAGCUGCAGCAUGGCCAGUGCGGAGCCCCGUCCGGAGCAGCCCCCGCUGCAGGCCCUGCGUGAUGCCGCGGACCGCCUGCGGGUGCGGGCGCUGCGGGCCACGAGCGCUGCGGGCUCGGGCCACCCCACGUCCUGCUGCAGCGCGGCUGAGAUCAUGGCGGUGCUGUUCUUCCAGGCGAUGCGCUACCGGGCCCGUCAGCCGGCACACCCCAGCAAUGACCGCUUCGUCCUCUCCAAGGGCCAUGCUGCCCCCUUGCUCUAUGCCGCCUGGGCUGAGGCCGGCUUCCUCAAGGAGCCAGAGCUGCUGAAUCUGCGCAAGAUCGACAGUGACCUGGAGGGACACCCCACCCCGAGGCUGCCCUUUGUGGACGUGGCCACGGGCUCGCUGGGGCAGGGCCUGGGCGCGGCCUGCGGGAUGGCCUACGUAGGCAAGUACUUCGACAGGGCCAGCUACCGGGUGUUCUGCCUGCUGGGUGACGGGGAGGUGUCCGAGGGCUCCGUCUGGGAAGCUCUGGCCUUCGGCUCCCACUACCGGCUCGACAACCUGGUGGCCAUCGUGGACGUCAACCGGCUGGGCCAGAGCGAGGCGGCGCCGCUGGGCCACGACAUGGACGUGUACCGCCGCCGCUGCGAGGCCUUCGGGUGGAACACCGACGUGGUGGACGGCCACGCCGUGGAGGAGCUGGACGAGGCCCUGAGGCAGGCGGCCCAGGUGAAGGGGAAGCCCACGGCCAUCCUGGCCAAGACCUACAAGGGUCGAGGCGUCCCCGGUGUGGAGGAUGCGGAGAACUGGCACGGCAAGCCCAUGCCCAAGGACAAGGUGGAGUCCAUCAUCGGUGCCAUCCAGAGCCGGAUCCAGACCCACGAGGUGCUGGUGCCACAGCGGCCCAUUGAGGACGUCCCACAGAUCAGCAUCGCCGGCAUCUGCAUGCCCUCGCCCCCUGAAUACGCCCUUGGGGACAAGGUGGCCACGCGGAAGGCCUACGGCGUGGCCCUGGCAAAGCUGGGUGCUGCCAGCGAGCGUGUGGUGGCCUUGGAUGGGGACACCAAGAACUCCACCUUCUGCGAGCUGUUCAAGCAGGCGCACCCCGAGCGCUACAUCGAGUGCUACAUCGCCGAGCAGAACAUGGUCAGCGUGGCUCUGGGCUGCGCCGCCAGGGACCGGGCCGUGGUCUUCGCCAGCACCUUUGCUGCUUUCUUCACGCGGGCCUUCGACCACAUCCGCAUGGGCGCCAUCUCCCGGGCCAACCUCAACCUGUGCGGCUCCCACUGCGGGGUCUCCAUCGGAGAGGACGGCCCCUCGCAGAUGGCCCUGGAGGACAUUGCCAUGUUCCGAGCCAUUCCCGGCUGCAGCGUCUUCUACCCCAGCGAUGCCGUCUCCACGGAACGCGCCGUCUGCCUGGCUGCCAACACCAAGGGCAUCUGCUUCAUCCGGACCAGCCGCCCAGAGACCCCGGUCAUCUACCCGCCAGAGGAGACCUUUGAGAUCGGCCAGGCCAAGGUUGUGCGCACCAGCGCCGCUGACAGGGUCACAGUGAUUGGAGCCGGGGUCACGCUGCAUGAGGCUCUGGCUGCUGCUGCUGAGCUCGCCAAGCAAGGCAUCCACAUCCGGGUCAUCGACCCCUUCACCAUCAAGCCCUUGGAUGCAGCCACCAUAGUCACCAGUGCCCGGGCUACUGGCGGGCGCAUCCUCACGGUGGAGGAUCAUUACAGAGAGGGGGGGAUUGGGGAAGCCGUGGCCGCGGCCGUGGCCGGGGAGCCUGGCGUGGUACUCCAAAGCCUGGCUGUGUGCGGAGUGCCCCGCAGUGGCAAACCAGCCGAACUCCUGGACCUCUUUGGGAUCAGCACCAAGAGCAUCGUAGCAGCUGUGAAGAACACCUUUGCCAACUAACACUCCAGCCAUGUCCGGGGCGAGGAGCCGGCUGCUUUCCGGUCCUCCAGCCCAGCCCUGUUCUUUCUGCUCACUUCCUGCUCAGUGGGACCGAAAGUGCUGCUAGCCCGGCUCUGGGGCUGGGAUUUCCCCCCUCCCCCCAGGGCUGGGACAUGACUCAGCCACUUGCCCAAGCCCAGCCGGUUAUUUCUCUGCACCACUAGCAGGCUAACGUCCCCUCCAGUGGUUGAGCAACUUCCACCCAUUCUCCUGACGAGCUCCUGUGCAGCAGACGUUCCUUGCUAAGCCAUGAGGAGCUUAGCAAGCACUGCCUGCCACUGCUCCCAUCAUCUGCAGGGCAAGGAGAGGCUGCCCCUCCCCCGGGCCAGUGGGGCCUCUGUCCCUGGGGUAGACAGUGGGGGGCAGGUGUUCACAGGCGCUGCUAGGGACCAAUCUGUACCAGGCUCACCUAAAGCCAGGGCGGUGCAGGCUUCGUCCAAUAGCUGCACUCUCUGCUCCCGGGCGCUCCUGUUCCUGCUCCGCUCCUAGGGGAAGGAGACACAUUAAUGCAGCAGCACCGUGUGUUAAUCUGCUCCCCCGACAUUCCUGACGCGAUCCCGUCCCCUGGCUUGCUCAGUGUUAGAAACGACCAAUCCCAGCUCUCUUACGGGGCCGGCUGCUGCUGCUCCAACCCAAAUAAAAGGUUUAAACAGAGUUGGCU